UUAUCAACAUGAACAAGGCUGAAGAAUUUAAGGUAGAAGAGGGAGAAACACAUACCACAUGGAAUGUUUAUGGAACCCAUCUCAAGCUUGAAAAUAGGUACGAAAUUAUAGACGCUCUUGGCUCGGGAGCUUACGGAACUGUAGUUGCUGCAAUUGAUCAUAAAGAGAACGAUGGAGGUCAAAAAAUUGUUGCGAUAAAAUAAGAUAGAAAGAGCUUUUGAACACCCUCUUUUCACAAGGCGUACGUUAAGAGAACUUAAAAUCCUUCGGCUGAUGACACAUGAAAAUGUCAUCGACUUAAUAACUAUACAGAAGCCAUUACAGGAUGAGAAAUUAGAUAUUUAUUGAGUAUUUGAAAUCAUGGAAACAGAUCUAGGUUCUAUUAUCAAUUCUCAACAGGAUUUAAGUGAUCAGCAUAUGAGGUUCUUCACCUACCAGAUCCUCAGAGGGAUGAAAUAUAUCCAUUCUGCAGGAAUUCUUCACAGAGACUUAAAGCCCAAGAAUUUAUUGGUAAAUGGGAACUGAGACUUGAAAAUUUGAGAUUUUGGAUUAUCAAGGACAAAUAUCCCUCAAAUGAUUAAAUCAGGUGCAAUGACAGAUUAUAUUUCUACAAGAUGGUAUCGGGCUCCAGAAUUGUUGUGAGGAGCAGAGACAUACACAGAAGCAGUUGAUAUGUGGUCCAUUGGGUGAAUAUUAGCAGAGCUUAUCCUCAGGCAACCUCUUUUGCCUGGAGAUGACACAAAGAACCAACUCGAACUCAUAGUUGCAUGUCUUGGUCAACCUGAUAAGCAGUUCUUACAAGUCUAUAAUGAAGGAAGGAUGCAAAAUAUUUUCACAAGACUCAAAAAUCAGAAUAAAAUUGGAAAAUUCGAUGAAAUUUUUGACUCUUGAGACCCUGAUGCAAUAGAUUUGCUCAAGAAAAUGUUAGUAUAUGAUCCUGCUAAAAGAAUCACAGUUGAAGAGGCUCUUGAUCAUGAUUUCAUUGGAGACCUUCAUUAUGCACCAGACGAGCCUACUACCAUCUCUGUCACAGCUUUUGACUUUGAUUUUGAGAUGUAUGACCUCAAUAUUGAAGAGCAAAAAGAGCUAAUUUAUGAUGAAAUUAUGCUUUAUCACUCAAAGAAAGCCCAGAAAUAAAUAUAUCAAAGGGAGAAAGAAGCAUCCAAAUGGGAUGCUCUACCUCAAAUAUGGAUAUUAUGAGGGAUUUGUGAUGCCUGAAAUUGUUGAAAAGAAAAAGAAAUCCAAAAAAUCUAAGCAUAAAGAUCAAAACAAAGAAAAAGAUGAAACAGUUCAAGAGCAAAGUCAAGAGGAGCAAAAAUAAAGAGAUCAGGAAAGAGCUUGAUGAGCCAGCAUUUGAAGAAGAAAAUAAGGAAGCAGUGAAUAAAGCCAUACAGCCUCAAGUUUUAGAGGCUGUAGCUGUGGAAAACCACUUAGAACCAAAAGAUCCUGAAGUUAAAGAGGAGCAAGUAGAGGCUAAAAAGGGAUCUGAGGAAGUUCCUCCACCUGAGUUUUCAGAUGGUAAUACUCUAAGCAGUUAAAAUAUUAGCCA